AUGAAAAGUAUUCUUUUUUGUUUCUUGGGAAGUCUCAUUUUUCUUCCUGCCCUGGAAGGGCAUUCAAAAUCCCUGGGAAGGAUUGUCAAUGGUCAAGAGGCCAAAGAAGGACAAUUUCCUUACAUUGUCGAGCUUACAGUUCACUCUCUUUACCGACCAAGUAGUUUGUGUGGUGGCAGUAUAAUAGCGAACGAUUGGAUUCUUACUGCAGCACAUUGCACUGAUGGCGCCAACCGUGUAACCAUACACUACGGAUCCAUUCAAAAGGCUGAGGGCCAAGUUAUAAAUGAUGUCGAAGCAAGUAGCAUCAUCCAACAUCCUAAAUAUGACAGAACAGACUUAACGAAUGAUAUCGCAUUGAUACACAGCAAGUGGGUAGAUUUCAAUGAUCGCAUUCAAAAGAUUGCCCUGCCUAGGCCUGAACAGUUUGGCGAAUCAUUCGAAGGUCAAUGGUCACAAGCCGCUGGCUGGGGUUCGAUUCUCGAUUACAAAGCAGCUGUAAUUCCCAAACGAUUGCACUGGACGAACUUGCACAUAAUUAACAAUUUAAAAUGCAAUUUAGUGUUUCCAAAUAUCACAGAAAAUCAUUUGUGCGCGAGCUCAACUAAUCGACAAUCCAUUUGCCGUGGCGAUUCCGGUGGACCUCUUGUUCUUGAUAAGGAAAAUAUACUCGUAGGUGUGACUUCAGGUGUGCAUUCACUGGGUUGUAGGCUAGGUCUUCCAGCUAUUUUUACGAGAGUUUCAAAAUACUUGGAUUGGAUACGCCAGAAUUCCAAUGUGACUUCUUAAUUUCGAAUUCGAUUUCUUACUAUAUGAAAACGAGGAAUAAAUAAAGUGCAAGACAGUUCUA